UUGGCCAGGGAAGGCUGGCGGUAUUUCCUUCUCUGGGUUAUCUGUAAAACGUGCUGCUGCUCUGUGUGAAGAGCUAACAGCUAGGUCAAUACGGGAAAGGUGGACCUGGAAAAGCUUUUAAGAUGUCCUACUCGUCAUCACGAAGCUCCUCGCGCAACACUGACUGCAAGGUGUAUGUAGGUGACCUAGGCAACGGUGCUGCCAAGGGGGAGUUGGAACGGGCUUUCAGCUACUAUGGACCUUUGCGCAGUGUCUGGGUGGCCAGGAACCCACCUGGUUUUGCCUUUGUCGAGUACGAAGAUCCCAGAGAUGCUGAGGAUGCGACAAAGGGCAUGGACGGCAAAGUGCUCUGUGGUGCCCGCAUAAGAGUGGAGUUGUCAACGGGUAUGUCUCGCAAGUCACGCCACGACCGCCCCAGCCGCCGGCACUUCGACCCCAACGACCGCUGCUACCAAUGUGGCGAGAAUGGCCAUUAUGCAUAUGACUGCUAUCGCUUUAGCAAGAGGGGUGGUGGCCGCCGCAGCAGGUCCCGCUCACGGUCAAGGUCCAGGGGAAGGCGUUACCGCUCACGCAGCCGAAGCAACGGCCGCGACCGUAGAUCUGGGUCCCCAGCACGUUCCAAGUCCAGAAGUCCAGUGCGCAGGUCGUCCAGAAGUCCAGUGCGCAGGUCGUCCAGAAGUCCAGUGCGCAGGUCGUCCAGAAGUCCAGUGCGCAGGUCGUCCAGAAGUCCAGUGCGCAGGUCGUCCAGAAGUCCAGUGCGCAGGUCGUCCAGAAGUCGACCAGCAAGUCGCUCCCGAUCUCGCUCCCGCUCCCGGUCCGUGUCCCGCCCCAGGGCGCGCAGCGUCUCCAGAUCUCGCUCCCGGUCCAAGUCCCGCUCAGCCACCACCAAGAGGGACAGUCGAUCCAGGUCUCCGAGCCAGAGGAAAAGCCCCACUCCUGAUGCCGACUGACCAUGGGGGUGAGACCGCUCCCUGCCCUCUCCUGUUCCGCUGUCCCCGUUUGCCUCGGGGCUUGAAGCCAUUUUACGCCCUUGUCUAUGUAUUUGAUUUCUUUCUCCUGUCAUUUUUUUUAUUUAUCCCUUGCUUUUCAUCCUCUGGCUUUGGCAUUAUUUCAUCUGUAUGUACAAAGGAUUCCUAAACUCCUUUUUCCGUCAUGUACAUUUCAAUAGCUCGUUUUACAGUAUUCUUUAAAAUAUUUUUUUUGCAUUCUGUGCGUUUUACUCUAGUUUGUCAGUUUUUUUUUUAGCUAAAUGAUUUGGGGUUUUAUUUCAUUUUCAAUGUAAAUGGCGGGAUCUUUUUAAUAAAAUUAAUCUUUACACCAA